AUGGCGAUUUUUUUAAUAUUUUUGGCUAUUAAUCCAAAAUCAAAUUCAAUUAAUCUUUAUCUGCACGUCGCGGCUUUGGUGAACCUGUCCUUAGAGAAAUAAAACAAGGUGAAGAUCCUACGGUCGGGAAUCGUUUCGCCCCUGAUCGACGUUGUAAGGGGCGGAUCAGCUGCAUCGCAGGACCAUGCAGCCGGUGCAAUUUUCAGUUUGUCUCCACUGCUCCACGCGCUCAGGUCUGACUCGUCGGACUCGGCGAUGGCUCUAUACCACCUCUCUUUAGUACAGAGCAACCGGGUCAAGAUGGUCAAGCUCUGAUCCGUCCAGAUUCUUCUAGGCAUGGUGAAUUCGGGUCGGGCGAUUUCGAUUCUGUUUUUGGCGGCGGUUUAUGGGCUGAGUUACGGCGGAUUGAGGUUUAAGGGGCUGGCUAAGGAGGAGGCGGCGGCGGAGGAGGUGCUGAGAGAGGUGGCGGAAAUUCGGAGCGCGGCCGAUAAGGAGGGAGAGAAGAAAAUAAUGGAGGUGAUGAGUGAUAAAGAUGAGGAGAACGAGGAAGUUGACUGGGUGGAGUUGCUUAACUCGGAUGCUGAACUAGGUCGGACACUGAGUUGAACUGGUGGGAUAACUGAGUCCAACUCGUUUGCAGAUCAACUGUUUGAGAAAAUGUCUCUUAGAAGAAAUGAACAAGACAAGGGUUUUACAAUAGCAAUUGCACCUUCCUUAUCGCCCUGGAAGCUGGCUCGGUGACGGGACCCACACAU